AUGGAAACUUCAUCUGUGACCUCCAGUCCCGAAGCAGGACCAGCUGUGACCUUCUCGCAGGUUUUUGGGCGGCAGUGCCAGCUUCUAGAGGCAGCCGUGGAGUCCCUACACACCUUGAAUGACCAGAUCUCCGACUUCAUUGUAAACAAGGCAAAGGCGCUCACCGAAGAGGACGAUUCCUUCCUGCCGGAGGAGAAAGAGACCCUGAAAACGUCGAUGUUGCUCAUGAGGCACCUCUUGAUGGAUGCGCAG